CUUCAGUUGCUGACGGACGGGCAACCCCCGUGGCGUUGUGCCUCCGUCGUUUCGCGUUUCGUGAUUUUUUUCAACGAAAUUCUUGUGUGAUUUUGUGUUUUUUAAUCAUUUUAUUUUUUUUUAAUUCGUUGUUUACUUAUUUUCCAUUAAAAACGUGCAAGAAAGAAUGGAAAUCGGUGUUCCACCACCUGUUCCACCACGUCGUCGGAAGCGUAAGACCGACAAGAUCAUCCCACCAAAACCGAUAACAAAAACGAUAACAUCUUCCGAAGAGGACAAAGGAUCGCUGCAUAAUGGUAGCUCGAGACCCAAGAGAAAACCACGAUCUUUGCCUCCGCCUCCACUCGUACCACGAAGUGACAUUUUCCAUGGAAAGGAGGUUCUAACAAGCUCAAACAAUUAUUUGUCGUCAGCAAGUACGGAUGACGUGAGAACCAGUAGUUCGAAAGGGGAUUCUGAUGGGGUAAAGUUGCAAUUAAAACCUUUGGUUCAAGUGCUUCCCGAGACGCGAACGGAACCACGUUUCGUCGUGACCCAAGUAACGAACAUCCAGGAGGACACAUCGAUUCCGUUAAAAUCGGAUCCUGAAGCUGAAUCACAUGAUGAUAAUUGUUCGAGCGUGGAAUUGGAUUAUCGGAACGAGAAUCGAUCCGGUCGGAGUUCUCCUAUGCCCCGACACUACUCACCCUUAUUUUUCACGAUGCGUGAUUUUGAAAGUGUAAUGGCCCAUUCGGGUGAAUGCGACAAGAGCUUCAGACAACAAUUCGAUACGAUCACAACACCAGCCCAGGAAUCUGUUCCCAACUCAAUCACAUCUUUCAUCGAUAAUUCGUAUUUCGACGAUUGCAAUGAUGAGUACAACGAAGAGCAAGUUUGUUUUCGGGUCACAACGACGAACGUGCCUUUCGAAAAGUGCCUCGGAGACUGGAACGUUCCUUAUGACAGUGGUGAAUUCGAUAGUCAAUUUGAGAAUACAGAGGAUCAUUACAUAUUCGAGAAUUACAUGGACCAUAGACAAAAUCCGAAGUUUCGAUCAACUGCAGCUUUCCUGUUCGACGAGGAUACUUUUGAGAACUUGAACACGGUAGAACCUACGAGCUUUCAUUCAGCUACGAAAGUCAGAUUCGUUAUUGAAUCACCUACUCUUUCCAUUGUAGAGUCGGAAACGCCUGAUAGUAUUUCCAACUUCGAUUCGUUUAUCAGUGAUGAGGAAAUUACAAAUAAGAGUUCUGUUAUAAUAACAGAAAUUAUCGAGGGUUCGGAGAAUGUCGACAGUCAGAAGACUUCCAACGAGUCUACGAAACCAGAUGAAUUUGGUGACAUUCCAUUUUCUUCUCUUUUCGGAACUGAGCUGAAAACAGACAGCAAUUGUAACUCUCACAAAAAUAUUCGAUCCGAUCAAUUAUUACACACUGAAGAAAUUGCAAGUAAUUGCAACCCCAAUAAUUCAUGUGAAUCAGUGGGAAAUAAAAAUAUCAAUAAAUUUCCUCUACCACGCUCGACACCGUCGCCCAGAUUCAUGAGCCCCUCGAAAAAACACCCAUUGAAUCCGAUCCCAGACCUCGAUGAAAUUUUACCAGUAUUUCCACCAACUUACGAUCCACGUGACGAAGGUUUUGUAAAGAAAAAUUGGGAUACGAAAGAUGAUGACCUGGCUCCAGAACCUAUUGACAAUCGAUCUCGUUAUUUGAAGCAAACCAACGUGACACCGGAAGUUAGUGAAAACAGCAAACAUGCCAGGGAAGCUUUUCUCUCUGGAAAGCUUAGAAUAACUUCGUAUGAUAAUUUGGAUUCUUCGGUAAAAUGUAGUAAUUCGAAUGAAGUUGACCACACAGUAAAAUCUCAAAGUAUUAAACAAAAGAUUUUCAUUGAUGCGGCACUUCGAAACUUCAUAGAAGACGACGAGGACGAUAUGGUUUGGAAGGACUCCUCAGACGAGGAAGAUGAAAGCGGGGGAAUGGGAAGCACGAGCCAAGACUCGAAGCUCUCGAAUCUCGAUGACCGUAAAGAAUUGGUGGAGACGGCCGUACCCAAAGUGCUGAAUCGUGAUACGUGUCAGGAGCGAGAGGUGUCCCUAGAUAAACAUCCAAGGCCAUUUAAAACUGCUGAUCACGAGAACAAAGAGCGCAAUCAAGAAAAAUUGGUGGAAGACCACAGGCUGGAUGUAAUGAGGUCAUCACGAUUUCGUUAUCAAAGUAACGGAGAUGACGUGAGUUCGGUACCUGUAACGGUACGUCGUAAUUCAUUUUUAGAAAACAUGCUCGUCGAUGAUGAUUCCAUUUUGAGUUUUGACGCCAGUGUUCCGUGCACGGUUAUUGCGACACAUCCAAAAUCAAUGAUGUCCGAAUCAGUUGCCUUACCCUCGAGAGAAGUGACUCUUAAAAAGGUUGACGAAUCAUCGACUCCUCCUGGAGAUUUCGAUAAAUCCUCGGAAUCGCGGUUUGCGGGAAUGGUCGAACAGAAGACAAAAGAAUCGGUUGAGAAAGAGCUGAAGAAAGAGACUGGAGUACGAAUACUUGGGUCGCAGCCAAAAAUCGUGAGAACGAUGGUUUCGAGUUCGCCGUCGGAAAGGAUAAAGAGCACGGGUGAAGCAAAGAACGAUGUACUGAGCGAGCUAUUGUGCAAUUUCAGUGCCAUCAAGCUCAAGUCGGUGGAGCCGUGGAAGCGUGAAGUGAUUCUUGGUGAGAUUGAUGAAGAAGCAGCAAUCUUGAUGGAAGUGGCGGAUGAAAAUUCUUCUGAAACCAUAAAAUCAUUGGAGAAAAUAAAAACGGAGGACGGGGUAGACGUCGGGACAAUUAGAGGCGAAUGCAAGGUCAAGGACACAGCGGAUGAGAAGACAGAUUUACUAUUGAAGCAGGAGGAAGAAUUAUCAAUGGCGGAGGCAGAAAUGUCUGUGAAGCUGAAAUCUCCUCAUUCAAAGCGACCUUCCUCACUAGAAAUUGACACAUGUGUUAGUGCAAAGACUGAUGAUCAUAAUAGUCGUUGUAGAAGCGAUGACAAGAGUGCCGCAGUUGUUAUCACAUCAAUGGAGAACAGGGAUGCCAAUAAUCAUCCGGAAGUUCUUCGAGAGCGGAGACAUUUAGAUACUCAUCGUGGAAUGGAAAUAUUAGAAAACCGUGAUAAAAUUAUAAACGUUGAUAAGUGUGCCAUAGCUAGGACUACGAAUAAUCCUCAAAUCCGACGUAAUAAUAAUGACAAUAACGCCAUGACACCUGUAGAUCUAACGAUAAGUAAUGACCAAAAGUCCCGGGACGCUGAAGUAUCGACUAUCACUCCCGGUAGCGUUAGGAGCUUUGUCGAGUUGUAUGAGAUUCAGCAUGAUAAGACCAGUGAACAUUCUAAAAAUAAUUAUAGUCUACCUGUAGCGAAGACGAGAACAAGGACGAAAUGUUUCAAGGGAUUAUGGAAUAAUGCCGAUUCUGAAAGUACAGAACAAUUCAAACAAGAUUGCAACGAGGAAAUAAGAGCGGAGGGAAACGUUGACAACAUGAGAAGACAUAAAAAAGUUGAAGUUUCAAACGUUCAAACGCGUGACAAAAUCAAAGUUGUUGAAAAAUUAGAGUCGAACGGAUCAGCGAGAGUGAAACUACAAAGUGGCGUUUCCGAGGUGAACGAAUAUCUGCGCACAAACAAUUCGACCCGCGCGGAUCAAUCAAGCGGACCUGUUCCUGUCGCAGCAAAAAGGCGAACCCAAGAAUCUUGCCUAAAGAUUAGCAACGAACUCAGUCCGAGGAGCGACGUCAAAAAGACAGUGACGUUUUACAGCGAUUGUGGAGGCAAGAAAACUGAGAAGAAAAUAUUAAACGAUGCGGUAUUCGUCGACGUGAAAACGAUCGAAUUAGAUGGCAAGCCAAAGACUCCGAAACGAAAAGCACCCGCGAGGCCAGCUGACGAGUUAGAAGCAAUAGAGAAUCUUGAUUGUGCAACGGGGUCAACUGUCAUGCGCGAUAGGGAAUUGAGUCAAUCAGGCUCGAAGAUUUUGCGCCAAGGUCAGAAGGUUAAUCCAACGCCGUUGCCGCGAUCAACCGUCUCCUCGUUCGCUACUCAGGUGCAUCAGGUGAAAGCGGAAGAAGACAAGAAGGAUUGUUCAAUAAAUUCAGGUACUGAACCGUCAAUCCCGAACUCUGAGGUCCCUCAACUCCGGCAGCCUUACGUUUUUUAUUGUAGGGUCUAGUAGCCCCCUCUGAUUGGAUUUCCUCCUGAAAAAAGUCCUCCUCCCGUCCUCAUGUAAUUAAAAUCCCCAAAUUCCUUUUUUAUUACGUUACACAUUUAAUUAUUCUCAUCGCAAUCUUUUUGACAACUUUUCACGAGACGUGCGCCAAAAAUGGCAAUUUGAAUUAUUCGCGCAUAAUCCCCUGUAUCCUUGUGGCGUUGAGCAUUCUCGAGGACUAGAUUAACACGUUAGCAUAAGUGUAAUUAAAGUGAUUAGAGUGGAAGUAAAGGAGAUUGUACUGCGAUGAAAAUCAUGGAGCCCCAUAAUUGUAGUACACCCUCGCAAUAACUAAUUCAUUAGUAAUGUUUCCCACUUUUGAAACCGUGCAAUUUUGUUCUUUAUCAAGGAAUACGGAAACAAGUACUUUUUAGCAAUCCCCUUAUAAUUAGAAUGAAAUCGUAUUAUUUUAUUCCCGGUACGUCAAAAUGUGUGUUCCCCAACCGCAAGUAAUGUGUAAAUGUCUAAAAACGCGGAUCUGAGUAUUAUCAACAAAUUAAUCAUACACACAAGGAUAUACACAUAUACAAAUAAUGCAGUAGUUGUAUACCAUUACAGUAGUUUUGCGUUGAUUGGGCAAUAUUUUAUAAAAUUAUUUUACAUAGAUAUACCUAUAUAUAAAUAUAUAAAUAAAUAUAUAUAUAUAUAUAUACACACACACAUGAAUGAAGUAAUAUGACACGAAUGGCCUACCGGAUGAGGACAUAAUUCAAUAACUGUAUAUCUCAUAUCAAGUAGAUGUUCUCGUUGGCCGAGAUUGUCAAGAUUUUCUUAACGAUUAUAUUCGUACGAAAUUGCAUACACGAAAUUAAAUGAAAUGUGAAAUAUAUAUACAUAUAAAUUGUUGACUAAUGAGACAAUUGCGAGAUAGACGAGCGUGUAUCGUAGACGAUGCUGAAAAGAAUCCUCAACACAGAAGAGAAAAAAAAGAAUACAUAUGGAUCGUUUGUAUCCCAAUUAUAUCGAACUUUUGGAGAUUGUGGUGUAUAACAAUUUGAAGAAAUAGCGAAUGUGAACAUAAAUAUUUACACGUCAAAAAAAUGGGUAGGAAAGAGAGAGAGAGAGAGAGAAGGGAAAGUGGAAGAGAAAGAGUUAAAAGAAAUGAAAAUUAGCGAAUUACAAAAAGUUUUAUGAUGUUUACAUAUUUAAAAAGGAAUACGUUACGUUGCUGGGCAAAUAAAUAAUUGUUAUCACUGUUUUGUGAGGAUAGUAGUGGCGAAAUUUUCCGUCAUUAUCAUGAUAAAGCGCUUCGUAGUUUAAGCACAUCUUUCGACGUUUGCAAAAAAUUCAACAAAAAUGAAAUAAAUAAACCAAGAGAAAUAAUGAAAAAGAACAUAAAUUUAAAUGUUCAAUUCGAAUGUUCACGGCGGUGAACAAGCUACGACCGAAUAUUAUUCCUCUGUACGUUUAUAAAUUCGCCGAAUGCUAAAUAAAUUAUUGUUUUUUAUGCUGCAUAAA